AUGCUCCAGGUUGACCUCAUAGCUCGUAGACCCGGUCUCAGAACGCUCGCUGCCAGCCUCACUCUGACUGCCGUCCUGGCUUCCGCAGCGACUCAUGACAGCACUGCUGAUUCCCAGCCCCUUGGAAAGGCCGCCAUGGCCGUUGCUGCCGUUGAGGGUCAAGGUGCUCGUUCGGGAAGAGUUGUCGAGGCUGAGAGGCUCCAUCUGCAAGCGCAGCUUGGCGAUGCCCGAGACAGCAGGGGAGGAUGCCCCGCGCAUGUUGGGGCUACAGUUGGCGCUGACAACAUCGUCGAUGAGGGCAGCGCGGCCGGAGCGCUUCGCGGAGAGAGGCGGGGUAGCGCAAACGCCGUAGUCGGAAUCCUCAUCGCCGGAGGUGACGGGGGUGUUUUGAAAGCCGCGCACCGUGUUCAGUGCGGGCGUCGCCUUGGCAAUCAUGGCUGGGUUGGUGGUGGUGGUAAUUUACGGGAAAGACUUUAA